AUGCGUACUACGCUAGCACGCCGCCGCCCCCAAUUCCUCGCUCGCGUAUCCUCCAAAGCGGAGCCUUUUAAUCCCUCGGUGGACACCGUAGGGCCCGGAGGAUGUUUGUGGGGCUGAAUGAGCUGCUUGGGGUGACGGUGGAGAAGCCGGAGCAGGGCAAGCUGACCUUGCUUUGUGCUGCCAAGACCGAUGCCAGCUUCCUGGUGCAUCACUUCCUCUCCUUUUAUUUGAAAGCUGGUUGUAAAGUCUGUUUCGUGGCUAUUGUGCAGUCCUUCAGUCACUACAGCCUCGUGGCCCAAAAACUGGGAGUAAGUCUGACUGCAGCCAAAGAAAGAGGCCAGCUUGUGUUCUUAGAAGGGCUGAAGUCCUCAAACAACAUCUUGUUUGGUGAAGGGCAGGCUUUGGAUGAGGUUGAUCCAUUCCAAUUCAUCAGUGGAGAUGGCUCAAACCUGAAAGACCUAUAUGAAUAUGUCCAGAAAGCCUUGAGCCCUGGUGCUAAGGAUGGGACUGGAGUCUCAUGGAAGCCUCCUGUGCUCAUUGUGGACAACCUUGGGGUCUUGCUCAGCCUGGGAGUGAGCCUGACGGACAUCCUUGAUUUCAUCCAUUAUUGCAGAGUCGGAGUCAACUCUCAGCUGAAGGGGAACUUGGUGGUGUUGGUCCACAGCAGUGAUGACUCUGAAGAUGAGGAGAACGAACUGCUUGCCAAGUCCCUACGCCACCAGAGCAACCGGAUCCUGUGGGCACAGGGGCUGGCCACUGGCUACUGUAAGGACGUUCAUGGGGAGUUAACAAUCAUCCAGCGGAGUUCAUGGGAGACAAGAGCUGAGCGUGAUCUCUCUUGCGUUUACCAGUACAAGAUCCAGGACAAGAACGUCUUGUUUUUUGCCAGAGGGAUGUCGGCAGCUGUGCUGUGACUUUUGGGAGGGUGAUGUAAUAGGAAUGCUUCUUCUUAGAAAAUGCUCACAGCAUCCUGAGACAGAAGGGCAGCCAUUAUGAUGAAAUGGGCUUUCCUAGGGAUGGCACAAGAAGAGUGGUGUUAUGUCUGCCCUGGGCCUGGUUUCCUCUUUGGUUUGGAAUCAAGCCCUGUGAAAUGAUGUGGUCUGAGCCCCUGCGCGGAUGACCUAGGUAAGGAAGGAGAAAAUUGGCCCUGAUUCUGGAAGGGUUAGGAAAGUUCAAUAAAAGCAGUUAGUGUUCAAA